UCCCGAAUCUCCGGUCCUCCGGUCUCUCCUUCCGGCUGGUCUCUCGGCGCGGCCCGGCUCGUAGCGCGCGCAAGCCCAUGGCAUGGCCUGCUGCAGCUGCUACGAGGUGAAGCGCCCGGAGAAGCUGCGGAUCAGCUCGCGGGAGCGGACAGGGUCCGGGGAGGCCAAGGAAGAGAUGCCCAUGAAGCGGCCCAGCAACAUCGGCAUCGCCGCCAAGGAGAAGAAGGCUGACGUGCCAGACACGCCCAAAGAGAAGCCGAAAGGCGACGGCGGCACCGGCGGCACCGGCGGCACGAACCAUGUGACCGCUGCAGACAGCGGGGGCUCGGCAGAGAAGCAGGAGCUGAUGCCUUUCAAGCGCCAGAAGACCCGCGACACGUCGCAUGCCUUGCAGCGGCGCAAGACCGCUGCCAUGGAGGACUACCUGCAGGCCUUGCCUGAGGAGGCUGAGGCACCGUCUUCUGGCUGUUUGAACCCAGUGACGCCACAGAAUGUGGCGGUGAAUCUUCGAGUUGUCCGUGGUCCAGACUGGCAAUGGGGGGAGGAGGAUGGUGGCAAGAGCGGGGUGAUCCUUUCCUUCGACAAGGCCAAGUCAACAGCACAGGUCUUGUGGGAAGGGGGCAAGGCCCAGAACCACUACCGCUACGGCCGGCAUCAGGAUUUGCUGAUCCAAGCUGGAAGCAGCCUUGGCAGGCGGAAUAGCCAAGCAUUCUUCAGCAGCAAGAGUCAGACCUUGUUGAUCUUCGAUUGGGAUGACACCCUCUUCCCCACCACCUACGUGAGGGAUGAUCUGGACCUAGCCUGGAACCGCCCGCUGAAGGAUCAGGAUCUCACCUGGGCGGAGAAGAAUGAGAUCGGGAAGAAGCUCGAGCAGUGCGCCUCCCAUGUGGUGGAUCUCCUAAAGAGCGCGGAGCGGUUUGGCAAGGUGGUGCUGGUCACCUUGGCGCGGGCACCGUGGGUCUCGGAGAGCUGUAAGAACUUUUUCGCCCCGGUUGGGCGACUCAUCCAGCAGCUCAAAGUGCCCAUCAUCUACGCUCAAGAGGGGAUACAGGUGGACUACAACAAGGAGAAGAUGUCCUCGGACGAGGAGAUCGAACGCUUCUGGAGCACCGUAAAGGGCAGGGCAAUCGCCCGAGAGUGUAGCAAGUUCUACUCCCAGUACGAGGGCCAGAGUUGGAAGAAUGUCAUCUCCAUAGGAGAUUCAGACUUCGAGCGCUUGGGCACACAGCAUGCCAUGGAGGACUACAUGCGGCAAACGGGCAUUGAUGGUGACGGGAAGCUGGUGGAAGUGAAUGGGCACCUCUACAAGGUCCGGACCAAGACCUUCAAGAUGGUAGAUGAGCCAACAGUGGAGGAGCUGACCGUUGAGGUGUCAAUGCUCAAGGCCUGGCUGCCCCUCAUGGUGCAGCUGGACAGCAGCUUCGACGUGAACCUGAACAACGCGGACGACCCGGAGGUGCUGAAGUCCAUUGAGACCACCCUGAGGGGUCAGACCGAGUAGAGGCGACUUCCUGGCCACGGGGGCUUUCACGCAAAAGCCAUUUCUGGGUGGGAAAUAUCCGGAUCCCGGACACACACACACACACACACACACACACACACACACA